AUGGUGUACGCGUAUAACGCCUACGACGCACCAGGCCCGUCCUUCGUCCCCGUUGGUCUCACCUCGGCUCCUCUCGCAAAUAUAUCGCCGGGGAUCCUCGUACCCUCGGAGAGUUAUAGGACACGUCUUAUUCCUGUCCUCACCACUCUACUUGCUUUGCAUCCGCAUCACCUCCCCGCCAUGCUGCUUCUAGCUUGCAUCUACUAUGCUUUGGGCGAUUUUGACUCCAGCAUAGCCGUCAAUGACCAAAUCUUGUCCAUCGACGCGAACUAUGUGGAAGCAAUGAAUAACAUCGGGACAGCCAUGAAAGCUCAGGGCCAGAUCCAGAAGGCGUUUGAGUGGUGGUGGAAAGCGCUGCAAGUACGCCCUACGUUCUGGGAUGCACUGGACAACAUCUUGGGUAUGACCUUCACGCUGGCUCAUUGUGCAUCUGAUCAAGGCCGUCGUCUCAAUUACUAUCGUCAAGCCCAAGCUAUCUGUCAAUACGUUCAGACGCAUGUUUUCGACUCCAAUGGCAGACUGACUUCGCGUCUCCAACCCAUCGAAAUACCUCGCUUGCAGCGCGCCGUGUUCACGAGCGGCACCAUCUACUCAACGCUCGGCCCAACGAACAUAGAGCGCGCUCUUCAUGAGUAUGCGCGUUCAUUGGAGCUCGUACUACGCCCUCCGUCACCAUGCCUCGACUCCGAACAGUACAGCCUUCGCGAUCUCCUCAUUGCCACAUGCACAGCUGGGCACGCGCUAUGCUCCGAUAUCAGGACUGUUGGUUCCGCGGACUUCAGCAAUAUAUUCAAGACCGACAUCAGUCAGCGUUUGGACGACCCUUCUCUCUUUCUUAUGAAGAAGGUUCGGGCGGCAGGCGAACAGCUCCUACACCCGCUGUUACUCGCUGGAGGAGGCCUCCUUCCCGUCCCGCUCCUUCUUCCAGAACAAGUGUCAUCUCUCCGCACUGCACUCUUUUCUGGCGGCGUACUUCCCGGUAUCUGUCAGGUUGGUCCUAGUGGAGCACUGGUGCCACCGUCAGAUAUCAUACGACAGCAGGCAAACAAUAUGACGAGCACAGUCCUUCUCACACUGGCCAAACGUUUCCAAGACGCCGCAUUGAGCAAUGCUGCCAUCCCUGGUUCGGCGGGUGGGCUGCGUAUCAGCGCGUCCAUUGUCAUCCUGCUGUACUACAUCGCCCUCACCUGUGAUCCCGCGCCCUCGACUUAUAACAACCUGGGGAUAAUGCUUUCUGGCAUUUCGCAAACCCGAUCCAGUCCGGAUGGCGAAGUCAUAGAUGGAACCGCCCUUGCUCGUAUGUUCUACACGGAGGGUUUGCAUAUUGAUCCCAAGCACCCACACUUAUUGACCAAUCUCGGAUCACUCGUAAAUGAACAAGGCCAGGGUCGUCCUUGGGAUGCAGUCGAGUAUUAUUAUCGCGCGGCGAAAGCAAACCCAAAUCUCCCAGAAGCCGUUUGCGGUCUAGCGAAUUCCCUCUCCUCGAUAUGCGAUUGGCGUGGACGCGGUGCGUUGGUUGACGAAAUCGGUGUCGACGACGCUGGAUGUCACCUCCUUCCUGCACGAAACCCUCAAGCAGGCUGGGUCACCCAGAUGGUUGCGGUGACGGACGAGCAGAUCAAGGACGGAUAUCGACAGCCCUUCUACAGAGGUGACUCGCUCGUCACCACGACCGAGGCGUGCCUGCGCGCAUUAGUUUGUGGACUAGGACGACAUCUCCGGCCAGAUGAAAAUGAGCAAUGGCGCUCGAGGUUUCAACGUCUGGCAGGCAGUGUGAACGACCGAAUGGUCUAUCACGUCAACAGUGUCGGCUUUUUUCUCAGAUUCUGCGACUGGAUUGCGCCACAGCUUCAGCGAAGAUGGUAUCUUCGAACUUUCGGUAGAACUUAUGAAGUCCGCGACUUCGUGGAUCUACCCAACAACGCUAUAUCCUCUCAGUUCAACCGGCCACCCCUCCCUAAGGCUCUGCAGUCACCCGAAGUACCCUCUGUUUUGCCGUUCCAUACUUUCACAUGUCCAGUAUCCCCGAGAACUGUUCGUCUUAUACCACACCGUGCUGCGUUGAAAGCCUCAUACGCUGGUCACUCCCAUCCGUGGAUGCCAGAGCAUGUAUUCCGCCCCCCAAGACCACCUUUCAACGGGAGGAUCAAUUUGGGAUACAUAUCCAAUGAUGUCAACAACCAUCCGCUUUCUCAUCUCAUGCAGAAUGUAUUUGGCCUGCAUGACAGGGAUCGCUUCAAUAUAUUUAUCUACACCACUAGUCCUUGGGACGGUACCGCGUACCGGCCACGAAUUGCGAGCAUGGUUGAACACUGCGUCGAUGUCUCGAGCUGGAACCUCCAGCAGAUCCUCCAACACAUUGGCGAGCACGAGCUCCACAUUUUGAUCAACUUGGGCGGCUACACUAAAGGCGCGAGGAACGACAUCUUCGCCGUGAGGCCCGUGCCAAUCCAAAUGCAGCUUAUUGGCUACGCGGGAACCGUCGGCGCGUCCUGGUGCGACUACAUCGUCUGCGACCCGAUAUCCUGUCCGCAGGAUUUGUCUGCGGCCGAGCGAUGGAGGAUCUUGCAGUCCGAACGAGGCGAUAGCCCCCUGCCGAUCGAACCGCUCGACAUGGGCGCGGACUUAGAUCCGGAAGACGACAGCGAACUGUGGAUCUAUUCCGAGAAGUUCAUGUACAUGCCCCACACCUUCAUGGUGACCGAUCACAAGCAAUCGUUCCGUGGAGACGACGGCUUGAGCCCAGAAACUCGUUCAACUAUUGACGCCGAUACGUUGUGGCUCGACGAAGAGCGUCGGCGAGCUUGUGCCCGCAGAGAGGUGUUCCCGGACAUACCACAGGAUGUGAUUGUAUUCGCUAAUUUUAACCAGGGAAUCUUCUAUUUGUGGCUUCGCAUCCUUCGCAAGGUGCCGCGGAGUAUUCUGUGGCUGCUCCGCUUCCCCGGAGCAGCAGAGGAGCAUCUCCGGCGGUCUGCCGCGCUGUGGGCAGGCAAAGACGUCGCGUCACGAAUACGCUUCACGGACAUCGCCAGGAAGGACUUCCACAUCUACCGCGCACGCGUCGUCGACCUCUUCCUUGAUACCGUCGAGUGCAACGCCCACACGAUCGCCGCGGACGUGCUCUGGACGGGCACGCCCAUGCUCACCUGGCCGAAGCACCGGCACAAGAUGUGCUCCCGCGUGGCGGCGAGCAUAGUGCACGCCACGGGCUUCGGCGCGGAGAUGACCGUGCACAGCGCCGAGGAGUACGAGGCGCGCGCGGUCGCACUCGCGCAGAGCGUGUCGUACGUGCCGCAUCGCGAGCCCUCGGGCGCGGUCGUCCCGCGCGGGGCGGGGGAGCUCAUCCGGCUCCGCAAGAACCUGUUCCUCAAUCGGGACCACAUGCCGCUCUUCGACACGGCGCGCUGGACGAGGAACCUCGAGAAGGGGCUCUGGGAGGCGUGGCGGCGGUGGGUCGACGGCACGCAGUACGAGUGCUCAGACGAAUGGAUGGCGUGUGAGGGCGAGGACAAGAGAAGCAGCUGCAUCUGGAUCAAGGACGACGAUCCGGUGCGUAUCCAGCGCGUAGAAUAA